CGCUUGCUCUCCAAACUUUGUCCGGUGAGUCCCCCGGUAGAGGCCCGUCGGGAGCAGCACACAGGCCGGUCAGUUCACCGAGCAGCGCCGCAGAGACUCACUGACGUGGAACCAUGCCUCUGCGGUUGGACAUCAAGCGGAAGCUGACGGCUCGGUCAGACCGGGUGAAGAGUGUGGAUCUGCACCCCACUGAGCCGUGGAUGGUGAUAAGCCUCUACAGUGGCACUGUGGUGGUCUGGAACCAUGAGACACAGACGAUGGUGAAGACCUUUGAGCUGUGUGACCUGCCUGUCAGAGUGGCCAAGUUUGUAGCCAGGAAGCACUGGGUCAUUGCUGGAGCAGAUGAUAUGCUGAUCCGUGUGUUCAAUUACAACACUCUGGAGCGAGUUCACAUGUUUGAGGCUCACGCCGACUACAUCCGCUGCAUCGCUGUCCACCCGACACAGCCCUACAUCCUCACCAGCAGCGAUGAUAUGUUGAUCAAGCUGUGGGACUGGGAGAGAAAGUGGUCGUGCAGCCAAGUGUUUGAGGGACACACUCACUACGUCAUGGAGAUUGUCAUCAACCCCAAAGACAACAACCAGUUUGCCAGCGCCUCUCUGGACAGAACUAUUAAGGUGUGGCAGCUGGGCUCAAGGACUCCCAACUUCACUCUGGAGGGCCACGAGAAGGGGGUCAACUGUAUUGAUUACUACAGCGGGGGGGACAAACCAUACCUCAUAUCAGGGGCUGAUGACCGUCUGGUCAAAAUCUGGGAUUAUCAGAACAAAACCUGCGUUCAGACUCUGGAGGGUCACGCCCAGAACGUGACCUGCGUCAGUUUCCAUCCUGAGCUGCCAAUCAUCCUCACGGGCUCUGAGGACGGGACUGUUCGAGUGUGGCACUCCAACACCUACAGGCUAGAAAAUACGCUCAACUAUGGCAUGGAGAGGGUGUGGUGUAUAAGUGGCCAGCCUGGCUCCAACAGUGUGGCUAUGGGCUAUGAUGAAGGCAGCAUCAUCAUCAAGCUGGGUCGGGAGGAGCCGGCCAUGUCUAUGGACUCCAGCGGGAAGGUCAUGUGGGCUCACCACUCCGAGGUGCAGCAAGCCAACCUGAAGGCUAUGGGAGAGACCGAGAUCAGAGAUGGAGAGAGGCUGCCGCUCGGUGUCAAAGACAUGGGCAGCUGUGAGAUUUACCCCCAGACUAUCCAGCACAGCCCCAACGGGAGAUUUGUAGUGGUGUGCGGAGAUGGGGAGUAUAUCAUUUACACCGCCGUGGCUCUGAGGAACAAAAGCUUCGGCUCAGCUCUUGAGUUUGUCUGGGCGCAUGACUCCUCACAGUAUGCCGUCAGGGAAGGCAGCAGUAUGGUGAAAAUAUUUAAGAACUUUAAACAGAAGAAGGCUUUCAAACCUGACUUUGGGGCUGAAGGUAUCUUUGGUGGCUUCUUAAUGGGAGUGAGGUCAAACAGUGGUCUGGCCUUCUACGACUGGGAGACUGCAGAAAUGAUCCGCCGUAUCGAGAUCCAGCCUAAACACAUCUUCUGGUCUGACUCUGGGGAGCUUGUGUGCAUUGCUACAGAUGAGUCUUUUUUUGUGCUGCGCUACCUCGCCGAGAAGGUGGCAGCAGCUCAGGAAUCCAAGGAACAGAUGACAGAAGAUGGGAUAGAGGAUGCAUUUGAGGUGCUGGGGGAGAUUUCAGAGGUGGUGAAGACAGGGGUUUGGGUGGGAGACUGCUUCAUCUAUACAAGCUCUCUUAACAGACUAAACUACUAUGUUGGAGGAGAGAUCAUCACCAUUGCUCAUCUGGACAGGACCAUGUAUCUGCUGGGCUACAUCCCCAAAGACGAUCGUCUCUACCUCGGAGACAAGGAGCACAGCAUCAUCAGCUACUCCCUGCUGCUUUCAGUGCUGGAGUACCAGACAGCUGUCAUGAGGAGGGACUUCAGCACGGCUGAUAAGGUUCUACCCACGAUCCCCAAAGAGCAGAGGAUCAGGGUAGCCCACUUUUUGGAGAAACAGGGCUUCAAGCAGCAGGCCCUGGCGGUGUCCACUGACCCAGAACACAAGUUUGAGCUGGCUCUGCAGCUGGGAGAAGUCAACAUAGCCUACCAACUGGCCCUGGAGGCAGAGUCUGAGCAGAAAUGGAAGCAGUUGGCAGAGCUUGCUACUACAAAGUGCCAGUUUAACUUGGCCCAGGAGUGUCUGCACCAAGCUCAGGAUUAUGGGGGAUUAUUGCUGUUGGCCACUGCCUCGGGCAACACCGUCAUGGUUGGAAAAUUGGCCGAGGGAGCAGAGAGGGAUGGGAAGACCAAUGUGGCCUUUCUCACCUAUUUCCUGGAAGGAAGAUUGGACAAAUGUCUGGACAUUCUCAUCAAAACAGAUCGGUUGCCAGAGGCUGCAUUUCUGGCAAGAACAUAUCUGCCCAGCCAUGUGCCAAGGGUGGUGAAGCUGUGGAAGGAGAGUCUGUCCAAGGUCAACCAGAAGGCAGCAGAUGCUCUGGCUGACCCCACGCAGUACAGCAACCUGUUCCCUGGCCUCCAGCAAGCCCUGCUAGCUGAGCAAUACCUGAAGGAGACUCACGUUGGGGUCAGACAUGCUGCAGAGUACCCACUCAUCAUGCCAAACGAGGACCGUAAUGUUCUGGAGGAAUCUGCAGGUUUUUUGCCCAAAGGAGAAAUCACUGAGCCCGAGGAAGUGAUGAAGAGCAUGAACGAAACGCUCGUGGUAGCAGCAGUAACACAGGCUGUAGCUGCAGAAACAGCAGCAGUGGAGGAACCUAUUCCACCAGAGCCAGAGAUUAUUGAUCCUGUUUCAACAACAGAAGAAGAAUACAUUCCAACAGCAGCAUCCACUCUGCCCAUCACAGUAACAGAAGAGCAUGUUGAACAAGCUGUUCUCAUCACUAAAUCAGAGGAGGCUUCAGUCUCUGUAGAUGAGUCUACCACAGAGUCAGAGAUGGUACAGUCCAGCCCCAUGGAAGAUGUCAAAUAUUCAGUUGAGACAGAUGUUCAGGACAUUUCCCCAGCUGUACCUACUGUCUCUGAAACAUCUGUGACCGAGACAACAUCAGAAACCAUCAUGGCAACAGAAGAACCACCAAGUGAGACAGUGGCAACAGAGGAUGUCCUAGUUAGCACUGGUCUGACAGUAAGCAUAGCAACUGAAGAAAAGCCUGUUUAUGAAGAACUGGAAACAGAAGCUCCAACCAUCAUAGAUACAGCAGCAGAGGAGACUCUGGUUACUGAAGAACUUGUUUCAGAAACAGUAGCGGUGGAGGAGCUCAUCUCCUUUGAAAACACAGCCAGUCCAGUGCUUGAUGUGCCUGUCCAAGUCCAGACAUUUCCAGAUCUGGUCCUUGAUCCACUCCUAGACCCGCUUCAGGAUACAAUUCCUGUACUGAAGCCAGUCAUGGCACAAGAACCCGAACAGGAGGAACAAACCACAACACUCCCAGUAAAGCCUGAGAGCAACCUGGAGCCUGAUUUACUGCUACAGGCUGAGCCAGAGAUUUUAUCCCCGGCAGCAGCUCAAACAGAGGGGGACAUGGCAGAGCAGGAGGAAGGUCCUGAGGGAGCUGAGGAGCCAGCAGAGGACCUUGAGGCAGAGCUGAACGAGGAGGCCUUGGAUGAUCUGGAUUUGGACAAUUUUGACCUGGAGGAUAUCGACACCUCAGAUGUCAACCUGGACGAGGAUUUCUUGAGCGAAUAGGAAGAGAAAUCUUUCAGGAGCCAAACUUUUUUAUUUUUUCUCAGCAAGACCAAAGACCACAAUGUCUGUUUGACAAUAAGCUGUCAACAGACUAAAAUGCCUUCUCUGCUAUGUGUACAUGUGUGGUACUGUAGGACUAAAUAGAUAAAUAGGGUCCAGGAAGGCGAGUUUAAAUCAGAUUAAGCUGCUGUCAUCAGACCCAUGCAGUGGCCUUCUGUGUCAAAGUAUCGAUUUUAGGCUGUUGUUGGCGAGUUCUCUUGCAUCACUCCUUUUAAAUAUCGGUUUACAGUGACAAUGACUCUUAGUACCUUGUUUUCUCCAUACCUCAUACAGUACAACACCACUGUUGAUCAGGGUGUUAACCAAACCAUUGAUUUAACCGUUUACUUUUGAACAUUCCUGCUUGUGUUUAGCUCUUUGGAGCAGUACUUUUAAAUUUGUAUCUGGGACGAGGCUGCCUGUGUCUUCUGAAUGCCAUGAUUUUUAGAAAUAUGUAUUCAAUGGUGUUGAACAAGCCCACAAUUUGGACAAAUUCCCCAUUUGGUUACACUGUCAGCUUGAUACAUAUCUACUUGUAUCAACGCAUACUACUUUUAGUUUAUCAGAUAAACUGAUCUGAAAUCAACAGUAUGUUUCUGUUACAGGUGCCUUGCAUGUGUUUUUUUAAAGACUGUUUGGAUGGUACUGUGUAUCUGAACUUAAAGUGAAGUAUAUCAAUAAAGUCUUCCAUGUCA